UCAAUGAAAAACUUUACAUUUGACAUGUUAUCGAAACGCGUUAAUAUUGAAAAGUAUCGAAAAAUUCGCAGCAAUAACAUAAAUUUCUUCUCUAGACAAGGUUAUUGUGUGUGUUUGGGAAAAAUAUAUAUUUCGAUCUUGAAAAUAUAAAAUAAAUAGAUAAAAGUAUCAAAAUGUCGGCCACUGAUCAAAUGAGGGCAAUGCUUGAUCAGUUAAUGGGUACAACUCGCAAUGGAGAUGAUGGACGCGGUCUUAAAUUUUCUGACGCCCGUGUGUGUAAAAGUUUUUUGCUUGAUUGUUGUCCCCAUGAUAUUCUUGCUUCAACUCGCAUGGAUCUUGGAGAGUGUCCAAAAGUUCAUGAUUUGGCAUUUAGAGCUGAUUAUGAAAGCGCUGCCAAAUCGCAUGACUUUUACUAUGAUAUAGAGGCGAUGGAGCAUUUACAGGCUUUUAUUGCCGAUUGUGACCGUCGAACAGAAUCUGCUAAACAACGACUUAAGGAAACACAAGAGGAAUUAACUGCUGAGGUGGCCGAAAAAGCAAAUGCAGUACAUGCAUUAGCUGAAGAAAUUGGCAAAAAACUGGCUAAGGCCGAAGCGCUUGGGGAAGCAGGAGAAGUGGAAGAAAGUAUGUCUUUGAUGAAGGAAAUAGAUGAAUUGCGAACUAAGAAAAUUAAAGCAGAACACGAAUAUCGUACAUCAAUGCCUGCGUCAACGUACCAACAGCAAAAAUUACGUGUAUGUGAGGUCUGUUCAGCCUAUUUAGGUAUUCAUGAUAAUGAUAUUCGACUAGCUGACCACUUCGGUGGUAAGUUGCAUUUGGGAUUCCUUACAAUUCGUGAAAAGUUGGUAGAAUUGGAAAAAACUGCAGGCCCACGUAAAGCAGAGCUUAAACGUAGCGGAAAAAUGAAUGAACGCGGUGAUGAUAGACAAAGAUCACGAUAUUUUGUUGGUGGUCGUGAAUUAGAUCGACGUUCUCGUGUACAUAGGUCCAGAUCUAGAGACCGAGCACGUCGUAACGAUCGUGGAGGUGGAGCAAGUAGUUCUGAUAAUAGAUCCGAGAGACGAUCAGAAAAGGACAAGGAAAGGGAAAGGGAUCGUGACCGACGAGUAAAUGCUGCCUCUCCGGCGAGGGAAGAAAGAAAACGGUCUAGAUCACGAUCCCGUGCACAUAACUACAGUUCUAGACGGAGGUCACAUUCUCGUGAACGUCAUCGUCGUUAAAAAUAGAGAUUUAGUUGAAAACGGAAAUGCACUGUAUCCUACAGCAUCAUCAUAUGAUUUAAAUGUGUACAUGACGAUUCCGGUAGCACAAAAAUAUCAUAUACCACCAUUGUUCAGAUUUUGGUAAACUAAUGACUGACCAGAACAGUAAGCUGAAUGGACUAUUUCAGACCCAGGUGUCACGAAAGAGAGUGGUCUUAUGAUUUCAGUACUUAUGGUUCACAAAUUGACAUUCUAAUUAAAAUGAUUUGUCUGGUACAUAUUUUACUGAUGCAUUGUCACCGGCUACCUAAUUGAACUUAAACCAAAUUCAACAUAGUAUCCUCUUUCCUGGGAAUUUGGCCCCCAUCUAUGAAAUAUUAAUAUGGUUGGGAAAUGAAAUACCUGUCUUAUUGCGUAUAGAGUUUUUAACAACCUGUGGACAAGAAAAUUCUAAUAAAUGUUACAAUUCAAUUGGCCCUGGUAUGUAUUUAAGUAUGUAUUUUGUACAACUUUUCAAAUAUACAUAAAUCACAACUAUUAUAAAUCUGGUUUUCUCUUUAAUCGUUUUCUGCUAUUAUAAACUACUUAACUGCGGUAGGAAAUGUAAAAGAUAUAUAUUUAGUAGUUUUAAUUCAAGCAGAAAGAAAGAGAAUACAAUUGGAUGUCCAAAAACCAUUACCUGGAUGACUAAAUAAAAGUAUUUUUACAUAAAUCAUCAUAAUGGAACAAUUUUUGAUGUGAAUAAAUAUAGAAAGACAAAAGAAAAAAGGUAAGCUUGUCCACAUACAGAUAUUUACCAUAAAAUACAGGAAAUUAAUAUUAAGUUUAUUACAAAAUAUGUGUAUAACUAACUUGACAGAAAAGUCGAAAACUUUCGAGAGAAAUAUUGGACUGUUUACAAUAAAAUAUUACCGUCUAAAUACUGCUGAAUUCAUUAUUGGUACAGAAAAUGUUGUGAUUUUGCAUAGGGAAGCUAUUUUUUAUUUAUUAAUUUCCAAAUGAAAUAAAAAUGUCAAUAAAAAGUUAUAUUUCUCACAAACUAAAUAAGAAGACGAACAGCGUAGUUUACCAACAUCCGGCAAACAUACACAACUAUUUAACCCCUCCGAAAAAAUAGCUUUUAGGAUAAUUGCCGAAAGCACUUGUAAACUUCUGUAUAGUAUACAUUUAAUUAAAUUUACGACAUUUUACCUGCGUCGUGGUACUCGUUCAUAUCUAUUUGUCAAUAGUUUUGAACUAAUUCACAUAAAUAAAUUGCAAAAAUUAAUUAAUUUAAAAUAUAUCUGCCUAUAUACGAAAGUAAAAUAUGGCAACCUUAAAGGCUUGAGCUAUCAACUGGCAUGGUUACACUGAAAAAAUUCUGUUGUCUAUUUUCUCAUCCCCGUUUAAUUAUCUGAGAGCGCUACCAGAGAUUUGUGGCAAAAUUUCUAUGAGUUUCUUAACGUCAAAUUAAUAAGUCUAACCGAAGUUCUUAUGGCCGUUCAUUUCAUUCAUUACGUGGUGUGGAUGUUAGUUUCCAAUUUACUUGAAAGUUUGAUGUUAUUCUCUGUCCCACGCCUUGCUGCAAAUGCCCAUAAGCAAUGCUUGGUUGAUGAUAUAUUGGCUCCUGUCACACGUUCAAUAUAUAUUUUGAUAGUUGGAUCGUGAUGUAUAUUGAUGAUUAAUGGAUGGAGUGAAUGCUACACGUUCAAUAAUUAUCACGUCAGUAUUUAUUCGAAAUUAAUCGAGUUUUUGAAACAAAUAUGUUAAAAAAUAAUUUUACUUUAUUAUUUCUUUAAUUUUUUGGCCGGCGUUUUUUAUUAUAAAAUGUCGAAAGAAAACUGAAGAAAAUUUUUUAAGGUUUUGAAGAAAAAAGUUCUAAGAAAGCGUUGGAUCAAAAAAAUUCUACCAACCAUUAUAAAGAAAACACCGGAUAUUUUGAAAAUACUAAAAUUUGUAUAAAAAUAUAAUACAAUUUUAAAAAAAUUCGCAUGUUUUUAAAUUAUACUUUGUUCCGUCGUAUCGUAAAUUUACAUACAAAAUAUCGUGGACCACUGAUCAAUAUUGAACGUUUAACAUACGAUCCGGAUUUCAAUAUAUUUAAAUAUUUUGUGAUAUGAAUCGCAAUACACCAAUAUUACAUGCUACACGUUCAAUAAAUAUCGCGAACCUGGAGAGCGUUCAAUAUAUAUUGAACGUGUAGCAGUCCCCAUUGUACAGCCGUAACAAAAAAUUUUGUAAACUCUUAACUUAAAUAUCAGAUGUCAGAUAAAAGUUCUGAUUUUUAGAUAUUUAUUUCAGUUCAGAUAGUUUAAUUCCAUUACGCUGAAUAUAACUGGUACUUGGAGCACAUUUUCUUGAUGUUGCUUGUUUGUGAAUUGCAAGCUUGUAAGGAAUAUCAUAAAUGGCGAAUUUUCCUACUUUAGGUGCUCAGCAAGAAACCAAUCGUAAAAUUCUGGAGGAUCUGCAGUUAAAAAAACAACUUUUACAGAAAGGUAACAUUCCAGGAUUAGGAACUGGAAUAUCCACCAAUACACUUUACCAGAUUCCUGCCAGUCAACUAUUACCAUCGUCGGAUUUUUCUCAAAGUGGCGGAUUAGCAACUGCGCCUCGUUCGGUGUUUAAUGCAACUACAUCAACAACAUUAGGGUAUUUCGUUUCCCAGGACUCUUAUUACGGAAAUACUUUUAUACCUGUGCUACCACGACUCGAUCCAGUGCCUCUAAAUUAAAAUAAUGGCUUGUAUAAAGCUAAAAAAGUUGGAGGAGUACUUACAUAGUGUGGAUAAAUUUGAAAAGCCGAAAAUCAAAUUAGAACAAUACAUAACACCUCCUCACAUAGCUAGUUGUGUGCUUUACAACAUCCAGGUCAAGAUCGGAAGCCAAACAACUCUUAAAUAAUAAACACUAUACGGUGAUAUUGAAGGAAAAUAUAUAGGAGACUUAGGGUGUGGGAGUGGUAUGCUAAGUAUCGGUUCAUUCUUACUUGGUGCUGGCAUGACCACAGGUUUUGAAAUUGAUGACGAUGCUUUAAACGUAAUUAAUAUUUUUCAAUCUAAUGUAACAGAUAUGGAAUUGCCUGGUAUAGAUUGUGUUUUAUGUGACGUACUAACGUUGUCUAACAAUGAAAAGUGGGAAAAUGCUUUUGACACAAUUGUUACCAAUCCCCCGUUCGGGACGAAAAAAAAUUGUGGAAUCGAUAUGUUGUUUGUUCAGACUGGUGUAUUUCUAGCUUCAGGAGCUGUUUAUUCAUUUCAUAAAAGUUCCACCCGGGAUUACAUUCAUAAAAAGGUUAAAGAUUGGCACGUAAAAGGGAAUGUCGUUGCGGAACUGAAAUAUAAUAUUGACACCAGUUAUUCCUUUCACAAAAGCAAAAGCGUUGACAUCAAUGUGGACUUUUGGAGAUUCGAUGUAUCUGAGAAAAAUCUUUGAUUCGAUACACUACAAAAAUAGUUUGGAUUUAUUCUUUUUUUUAUUUCAAAUACCAAGAAAUUGUAUACAUAUGUGUCUAUAUAUGUUUUUGUGUUUAUGUUGAAAGUAGAGUAUCAUGAAAAAAGGCAGAUGUGUAUUUCUGACCACCCACUUAUAGCAUUUUUCGAAGCAUUUAUAAAAAUAUCAAAAACUUCACUGAUGGCAGGAAAAUAGUAUUUUUAACAGUAACAUUUCUUAGAAUUUUUUAUAUACAAGUGUACCAAUACAGGUGGUUAAUAAGGACGAAUUUUUUUUAAACAGCUAUUAUACAGGUACAAGCUAGUGUAAAUCAUAAGCAAAAUAUACUUAUACAUGAAAAUAAUUUUAAUUUAACACAAACUUUCAAUUUAUUUAUUAUUUGUAGAUAAUAUGGCAUAUGUACACACAUGCAGUAGUUUCAAUUAAAAUUUUGGAUAAGACAAUAAAAAAUAGAAUGGAAUCAACUUAAGUAAACUAGAAAAUACGUAAUACAUGAAGCCCAUUUUUGUUUCACGAAUAAAUUUCAUUAUUCUUAACGGCUUUUCGUCUAAUCUCA